AUGCCCGUUAACAAAUUUAAGACAAGAGACAAAAGGUGGUUUACCACGAAAAAAAACAACAACACUUCUCUGCGUCCUCAUUUGACGAAGACUGACAAAGAUGAUGAGAGGGAUGGCGUGCGUGUUGCUGGGCAACAUGCUCUGCACGGUUGCAUCAGCGUCGCUGAAAGAGAAGAACACAGGACGGCCUUCUUCGGCGAAGAUAUUCACAUCGACAUCCCGCCCGGCGACGUCGGCGAGGUGGUGUUCACACCCAGGACCAAUAGGUCUUCCCAGGUGGUUCUUCUUCGUUCGGGCGUAGUGGCGGACCAACGAGGGCGUCUCAAUUCUUUUGGCCACCUGGUGUUGGAGGACGUCCAGGAGGAGGACGAGGGCGUCUACGUGGUCAGCAAAAGCAGCCAUCCGCUAAAGCGCCUUGUCCUCAUCGUCAGAGACUGCGCCGUGGAGCAGGUGGUCAAAUACGGAGACACGUACUACAUCCACUUGAACCAGGUCCAAGGUCCAAUCAGGUUGGAGUUCAGGCCCGGUCCCGUCCUGCACAUCAAUUAUUCAGACCCGCUACACGCUACGGAGCCGCCGGCCGUGCUCCUGUACCCCCCAGUGCUGGCCGACGCUUACGCCGGGCGUCUGAGCGUGUCGGAGAAAAGCUUGGCGCUGCACUCGGUCAAGAAGGCGGACGAGGGGAGUUUCACCGUGCUGGACUUUGAGGGCAAAGUCCGGAGGAGGAACUGCCUCCACGUGCGAGAGCACCAGGACUUCCUGCGCCCUUCGAAUGGAGACGACGUGGUCAUGAAGCUUUACUUGCCGCAUUCCCACGUAAACGUGGUCUACAGGCCCAAAGCAGCCCAACAGGGCCGGCUGGUCCUGGAGCAGGGCGUUCUGGUGACCGCUCAGGACCCCCAGCUGGAGGGGCGCUUGAAUGCCGAGGGCUCUGCGCUGGUCUUGAAGAAGGUGCGUGUGUCUGACGCGGGCGUCUUUAAAGUCACUGACCUGGCCGGGUUCCCUGUGGCUCACAUCUACGUCGACGUGGUCGCCUCCCAGCUCCCGCCGCUGACGGUGGCCGUCAUGUCCAUGCUGAGCCUGAUCGCCGCCAUGCUGCUGCUCUGCCUGCUGUCCUGCCUCUACAAAGUCCACAAGAGGAACAAGAAGAACAAGAAGCUGAUGCUGCUCGCCCAGCAGGCCAGCAAAAGGGAUGGCGAGACCUUCAGACAGACCCAAAGGGGGCAGCUUGUAACGCCCCUGAGAUCGGUGGUGCAGGAGGCGUACACCAAGUUCACUGAGGAGUCGGCCGUGCAGUCGGCGUGCGACAACCCGUCAGAUGCCACCGAGGUCGUCAUUAAGGGCUUGGAGGUGUCCAAACCGGGCCGCUACCAGGCUCUCACCUCAGAGGUUAACUUCCUGGAGAUGAGCGACUCUGGGGUCGAGUUCACUUCCUCCGGCCUCCCUCUGGACAGCGACACGGACGCCGUCACCUGCGCCUCCCACAAGCCCCUCCUCAGCGCUUAUUCCCCGGGUCACCGUGACAGCCAGGAGGCCACCCUGGCCACGCUGAGCGCCGCUCGAACCCCCGAUUCGGCAACGAUUGCCAGCCCUGCUGCCUCUGGCAAUCACUCAUUCGCCGUGGCUUCGCCCGAGACUCCUCCGGUGGGUGGAGCCGGGUCCGCAGAAACAGCGGGAGCGGCUGAGGAUGGAGAAGAAGCUAGUCGGAAAGAGGAAGUGGCUCAGAGCACCUGAAAGGUUGUCAGGUCGGUCACACGCAUCCAAAACAAGAACAAUCAUGGAGCCGGACAUCAGUGUCAACAAGAAGAAGCUUUUCAACGAGCAUUUGCACAUAGAGCACAACUACAACAACGCGGGCAAUGCAUGCGUUUUAACAUAACCACAGAUUGUUUAGACUAGGAAAGGACUGCAUGUGAGCCAAAAAACUAGAUUAUAUGAAAAGUUCUCCCCUGGGACUUUGUUGAAGCAGCCCCAAAAAUGCAGUGCUUCUUGAACGAUGAGAGGGGUGGACUUUAAACGCAAUAGCGUAAUAACUUACUUAUAAUGGACAAAAAUAUAAACACAACACUUUUGUUUUUGC